GUUUAAAUUACUAUUUCAGCAUUUGUGUGUUAAACAAUACGUUCUUCCAUAGGUAUGUCCUCAACGCAGCAUAGUGAAGGCAUGAAUGCUUUCUUUGAUGGCUACGUGCAUUCAAAGACAACACUCAAGCAAUUUGUUGAUCAAUACGACCGUGCGCUAAGGAAAAAACUCGAAAUGGAGUUUCAAGCGGAUGCUAGCUCCUUUACAAAAAUGAUCCCAUGUGUCACUAUGUAUGAAAUGGAGAAAAAACUUCAAGACGUAUACACUAUUUCCAAAUUUAAAGAGUUUAAGACAGAAAUUCUUGGGAAAGUAUACUGUGAUAUUAUAAGCAACAUUGGUGAUACUUUUGUAGUGGAGGAGCACGUGUGCAUCAAAGGGUUUCGCACGAGGAAGUCUUAUGAAGUCGCCUUUGAUCUAUGUACACAAGAGGUGGAGUGCACUUGCCAUCUUUUUGAGUUUAAAGGGAUGAUUGGUAGAUAUUGCAUUGUUGUCUUGAUUCGAAAUGGUGUUAGGUUUUUGCCUGAGAAGUAUAUCCUAGAGCAAUGGAGGCGUGAUGUGAAGCAGGCAUACACACGUGUCAAAGUAGAUUAUGAUGGCUGGAUAUGUACGGUCGAACAACAACGGUAUGAUGACUUGUGUAACAGCUUUCGGGCUUUGGCGAAUAAAGUCGUAUAUGAUGAAUACCGCACAAAGGAGAUAAUGGAUUGGAUUCAGAAGGAGAUGUCUGUAGAAGCAAAGCGUACCCAAAAUCCAUCCAAAGGAGUGCAAGAAAUUCCCGAACAUACAACAAGCACUGCACUCGUCUUAGACCCCAUAAUCGGCACACGCAAAGGAGCUCCACGAAGGAGUCGUCUCAAGUCCAACAGGGAAAAGAAUUUUCAAAAGAAAACAAUAAAAAGGACUACAGAGAAAAACCCGAAACCGAAAGAAGGUAGAAAAAUGAAAACCUACCUAAUAAGAGGAAGAAAAUGGAUGCGUCUGAGAUCUUUGCAUCACAAUGGCAGCAUGCUUGGCCCGUGCAAGACGAAGAUGGUGUUUAAGACCUCACCUUGGGAGGUCUGGAGCUUGGCCUUUCACUACAUUGACUUUUAAUCGUCCUUUUUUGGCAUCAGAUCUAGAACUUUGCUCUUAUUUUUGGAUUGAGCAUGGGAACUGUAAAUCACAUAGUUUUUUGCUUUUUGUGUAAAGUAUGUAACAAAUAUGAUAACUUUCUCUGAGUUCCAUGCACAUAAACUGAUGUAAACCUA